CCACUGCAUUCCAACCAGGAACACGCCUUUCCCCUCAAGCAACCACCUUCCUACAGAAAGCCUCAGGAUCUCUACGCGCAUGUCCAUUGUGAUGUAACGCCUCGCCCUUCUACGAACCUGGCCCUGCCCACUGAAAUGGCUCGCUAGAGUCGUUAGACGUUCUGAGGCAAAUAGUCGCAGCUGCCGCCGGGCUGUGUGACGUCACCUACCUCUCCUUCUACCAUUGGUACUUUAAGGAAAGCGGGUAUUUCUCCUGAAAGCCGCUGGCGGGACUCUUGCCUGAUGCGCCCUUGAAAACUCGGAAGCGGCUUUUCUACUCAAGCUGCAACAAGUUGCUAGUGAGCUGUUGUGCAUGCGGAUCGAUUAGGAUUUAUUUCCAAUCCGGGUGUGUCAGGAAACAAGGAAUGGAGUCCCGUAAAAUAAGUGUAAAUAAUCGCCUCAUGCAACGCACAGCAACACUAGCUCGGGAGGUACUGGAGCGGGCAAAAAACCGGAAAGUGAUCUGGCCAGGGCCUGCAGGACUCCAAAGAGGGGCUAUUCCGGAAGGUGAUAAUGAUGCUGUGUGUUUCAAUGCUGUUUUUGCUUCAGUUGCUGAACACAUGGGCCAUAUAUCAGAAGAAUGUAAGAAAUACUAUUGCUGUGUGCCACCAUUUCGGUUUAAAGAUAAUGAAGUUGCUCAUGUUUUCAGAUACCAUGGCCAACUAGCAUCUGAAAACUUGCUAAAAGCAUUUGAAGAUGAAGAAAAUAAAACAUGCCCUAUUGUGGAAGAACCUGGAUGGUUUGAUACAGAUGCAUUAAUUCCAGCAAAGACCUCAGAACAAAAGGAUAUCUACAUUGAAGUUUCCCCUGGCACCUACUCUAUCUCAGCAUCCUCUGGUGAAGACCAAAUCAAGCAAACACAUGUAGUAGGGAUUCAGCCAGGACAAAGUGUAAAUUUAUGCUUUGAUCUAUGAUCCAUCUUUUUUUGUUCAAUUCUAAACAAUGUAUCAAAUGAAAUGGAAGCUUUAGUUCCUUGCUAUACUGAAAGUGACAUUUCUCCAAGUAUAUGCUGUGAGCACAUUACUGUUCUGUCUUCCAUAUUUUGGUCUGGUCUGUAGGUUUUUUGUCCUGCCUGUAUAUUAUGCUGUUAUAGGUCCACUGUAAAUAUGUAUAAUAUAACUUUGCAUAUAUCUGCCUUAAAUGGAACCAUGUGUUACAGUCCUACUUUUAUGCUAUGCAAUAAACUUAAGUAGUAUUUUUUUAAAAAAAA